GUGUCGGUCUCCGCGGUCCCCAGGGCCGGGUCCCAGCGGGCUCGGAGCCCUCGGAGCCCUCGGUGUCCCCUGUGCCCCGGGUGCCUGUGGCUCGGGCUCGGUGUCCCCGGUGUCCCCUGUGCCUGUGGCUCGGAGCCCUUGGAGCCCCCGGAGCCCCCGGUGUCCCGGUGCCGGUGCUGAGGCGAUGCCGCGGGGCUGGCCCGGGCUGAGCCCCCCCGGAGCCCAGAGCCUCGCCCGGGGGCCCGGCCAUGGACACGGCCUUCGUGCAGGAGGUGGCCGCGUCCCUGGUCAGAGAGUUCCUCAGCAGGAAGGGCUUGAAGAAAACCAUCAGCACCAUGGACGAGGAGCUGCCGCGCUCUGCGCUCAGCAUCAAUAACAGGAACGAGCUCCGCAAUGUGCUGCACCUGCACUCCCUGUACAGACACAACAAGGCAAAGGAGAACCCACUGAAAACCCUGCUGGAAAUUAUCACUAAUUACUUCCUGGAGCGCCGUGGCACUUCCAGGAGCUCUGGUUCCAGCUCUGCUGUUUCUGCUGCUCAGAGCAAGAGCUCAGCAUCCCACCCCCCUGACCUCCAGGAUGAGGAUCAUGGCAAUGCCAGUGCUCUGGACGAAAGCAAAACUCAGGCCUCCAGGUGUGAUGCUGAGAAUCCACUGGAUAAAAUCCCUCCAGCCAGAAAACAUCAGCACAGAGGUGAAAAAUGCCACCCAGGGACAGCCCACAGCAGUGACUUACCCUGUGCUUGGGACAAGAAGUUAAAAGACAGUCGAGAGGAUUUAAAAGCAGCUCUGAUUUCUGAGGAGCUGAAGCCCACAGGGAAGGAGAAGCCAAGGCCCAGGGCUGGACUCAUUGCCAGAGGAAUGAUGGCUGGACCAGUGGCCAGUCCACCAGAGGAUCCCCAAAAAAGGAGACUCUCCAAAAGAUCCACCAGCAUCAGCAGCCCAGCCCAGCCCAGGGGUGAGGAGCAGGAGGAGCAUGAGCUGAGUGUCCCCAGCCCUGAUGUGCAGGAGAACAAAGCCUCUCCACCAAACUGCAAUGUGGAAUUGGCAUCAAGGACUCUGCUCAGCUCCCACCCCAGCUCUGCCUCUGACAAACCCAGGAGCAGCCCCAAAGAUCCUGAUGACUUUUUCUCCAAGCUGCUGGCUGAGAGAGAGAGGGCCAAGGCAGAGGAAAGGAAAUCUCUUCCAAGCUCUGAGAGCAGUGAAAAAAGCCUUAAAGUGAGUGUCCUUCACAGACACUCAGGGGCUGGCAGAGAAAAGAAGGAAAGAUCCCUCAAGAAAGCUGAGAGUCGGUUGUCAGGCCACAGGAAGUCUCCAACAUCCACUGGCUAUAAAGAAGAGCAGAUGAAAGAAGUCCUAGAAUUGGUUGAUGUUGAGGAUGAAGAGACAAGUGGAGAAGUUAAUAAGACUCCAGAUCUUUCAACACUCUAUAUGCUUCAAAUAGUAUCAAAGGCAAUUGAUAUUUCUCUUGCAAAAGAAUUAAAAAAUCUUCUGUUUGGCUCUAGUCUUUGUUGCUUCAGUGAAGAAUGGAAAAUCCAGAGUUUUACAUUUAACAAUAUCCCACAGCUAAAAUAUGGCAUUGUGCAGAAAAAGGGUGGCCCAUGUGGAGUUCUGGCUGCAGUGCAAGCCUGUGUCCUGCAGCAGCUGAUCUUUGCAGACAGCAACAGGAACAAAGACACCCGCUGUCUCCAGCCCUCAGAAGCUCGCAGGACCCAGUGCCUCUGCUUGGCUCUCGCUGACAUUCUGUGGCGUGCGGGGGGCCACGAGAAAGCCCUGGUGGCACUGCCAUCAGGAAGACAGCAGUUCACUCCCACAGGGAAAUACAAGGCAGAUGGAAUCCUAGAAACUCUCAUACUUCACAGUGCCUCAAGGUACGAGGAUCUGAUUGUAUUUCUGCAGCAGAAUAUUCACCAGUUUGAAAUUGGUCCCUAUGGGUGCAUCCUCCUGACUGUGUCUGUCAUCUUAUCAAGAUCCAUCAACCUGGUGCGCAACGACUUUGACGUGCUGACGAACCGCCUGAUCGGCAGCCACGGCUACUGCACCCAGGAAUUGGUGAACUUGCUUUUGACUGGCAAAGCUGUGUCCAAUGUUUUCAACAAUGUGAUAGAGCUGGACUCUGGGAAUGGCAAUAUCACCAUUUUGAAAGGCAUCACGAGUCGCAGUGACAUUGGUUUGCUGUCCCUCUUUGAGCACUAUGAUGUCUGCCAGGUUGGUUGUUACUUGAAGACUCCCAAGUACCCAAUUUGGCUGGUGUGCAGUGAAAGCCACUUCAGUGUGCUUUUCUGUUUGGAAAAGGAUUUGCUCAGUGACUGGAAGAUGGGAAGGAGAUUUGAUCUCUAUUACUACGAUGGCUUGGCCAACCAGGAUGAGGAGAUACGGCUGACAGUGGAUACAACUCAGGUGUGCCCUGAAAAUAAAGAAAAUGAUCUUACUCCUCCACUUGAGCACUGUAUUAGGACAAAGUGGCAAGGAGCUGUCAUCGACUGGAAUGGCACAGAACCCAUCUUGUGACUGUCUGACCUGCACUUUAUUUGGGAAGACCAAAAGGAAAUGACUGAAUGAGCACAUUCCUAUUCCCACCAAUACAGGAAAUAGGGCAGCUUGAGAUGAGGAAGAAUGACAAGCUUUACAGGCUGGCAGAGUUUCACCUCAGUCACCUUGUGCUUCAGAUAUUUUGCUUUUAAUAUAAACAACUCUGACGUGAAUUCCUUGUCGCUGCCUUCAGCAUAAAGCUCUGAGGGCAGCCUGGGUUCCCACCACCAAAUCAAGGUUACAGAUGAAGCAGUGAAGUCAUCAACAUCCCUUGAGGUCUCCUUCUGGAUCCACUCUGCAUCCUGCAAUUGUUUGGAAGCAUCUGAGGGGAGAUGCUGAACCCAGAUUUCUCUCACUUUACAGCCUUCUCUGUCUCGUUCUUCCUUGAAAAAACUCCAGUGCCACUAUAAAACAUCAUCCAAGGAACACAUAUUCACCUCCUUACCUGGUAUUAGCAAACCUAAAUAGCUUGGUGGCCAGCUGGGCUUUCCAGGGAAAUCCUGGCCUAUACCAAGCUCUCAUUGUGUGAUGAAUUUGCAGUAAGGAUUGUGGUUGUGUGUUACCAAAAAAUCCCUUUAGUAUGUUCCUAGUGCUGGGUGCAGCUGGUGUGUAACAGUGCCUCGUGCUGAUACAGCUCAUUUUGCUUUCUGGUAAGAGGCAGCUCUAUCAGCAUCUUUACAUUUAUGCCCUUAUUUCUACACCAGGGUUUAUUCACACCCAAGUGACAGAUCUGUGAUUGCUUCUUCAGAACUACAAGAAAACAGAAGAGUUGUUGGUUGGAAAUUCAGAUGGUGCCUAUCUGUGAUAGGUCCCAGUUUCCAUGGUUAAAUAAAAUGCAUGUGCUGGAAUGAGGUGCUGUGGAGAUGGGUACUGAGCUACUGAAGCCACAGUUUGUACUCUGAUUAAUUCUGUUUUAGCAAGAUUUUACCAAAAUUGGAGCAAGUUACUGUGCAGAAGGUUGGGAAAAAAUGCCUUGGGAAAAACAGGCAGAGAAGUGAUGUUUCUAGAGGUGUUCCUCUCUCUUGAGAGUGAGUAUUUCAUAGGAGUUCAAUAAAGGACUUUUACUUUCUGA